AUGAAUAAAAAAGAGAAACUUUUUUUAUGUCAUCAAGUAGAUUUGGGUAUCAAAUAACUUGAAGAUAGUUUUAGACCUUCGGUUACAGCUGCGUAGACUGGCAGUGAUUUUAACUUUGAAGAUAAAUUUUAAUAAACUGCCGCAACAUAAAAAUUUAUGAAACCUAAUUCUAUGCACAGCAUUCGAAAUAUUUUUAAUGGUAUUUGUUAUAAAUAUAUUUAAAUAAAAGAAGUUAAUAAUGAAGAACGAAGAAAGUAUAUUGAUAGCUAAAUUGGUCCUAGAUAUGAAGAUGAUAAAAAAGAAAAGAUAGUAAAAUGGUCUAUAGUUGGAAAACCUGAUUAAUUUUUAUCAGUAAGAAAUAGAAAUAGAUAAAAAGUUGUAAUUAAACAAAAAAAAGGAGAUUUUGAUGAUUCUUUUUCAGAUGAUAAUCCAUCUUCAAAUAAGCCAAUUAUGUUAUAAUAAUCUUAAUCAUAAAUAUCAGGAAUGGGAUCAUAAAGAAAAACAUAAAAAAAACCAAGAGGGGAAUUUAAAAUGUUACCAAGAUAAGAUGCAUUAAUAAAGAUGGUAGAUGCUAAAAAAAGAAUAGAAGCAAAUUUAAAAGAGAAAUUAAAGUGUGAAUAAACUCUUCCUCUUCAUUUACAAAAUGCUGUAACAAGAGAAAAAAGAGUAUUAGAUAAGUUUGAUAUAUAAUAAGAGAAGUGGGAAUUCUUCAAUAAUAAAAUAGCAUCAAGUUGUGAAAGAAAUCCUUUAAAUACAAUAAUGAUUAGAUCAGAUGAUUAUAGAGAUAAAAGUUAGAAAAUUAGUAUAAUUGAAUCUUAAAAGAGUGAAGAUGAAAAAUAUAAUAAUAGAUUAUGGUAUAUGAGAUUAAGGUGGUACGAAAAUAAGGAUGAUAGACCUCCAUUUUCAUUAAUAACAACAAAUAAAUAAAAAAGUGUCCCUCUUUCAAGUAGAUUAGUGGAUCGAUUUGUAAAAGAUUAGGAAGCUGAACAUUUAGCUCAUCAAGAAAAAUUUAUAUUAUCUGACAUUUAAAGCAACUUUAAUACUAAAAUUAUAGAAAACCCAUAUUAACAAGUAGAAAAAGUUAUCACAAAUAGUAAAUUAAAUCCAACUAUAUUUAGUUAAACAUAAAAAAUUAUAUAGUUAAAAGUUGGAAAAUAUGUUUAUAGAUAAAAUUAAAGGUAAGUCAAAAAAAAGAUUUGUUGAUACAAAUGAGUAUCUUGAAGUUAUGGGAGUUAAUGUUUAUAAUAAAGAACUUGAUUUUAUUAGAAAUAAUAAGUAGCAAGAAUACUAAUAUUUUGAAGAAAAAUUAAAUGAAUAAUAAGUUUAUGUUGAUAACUGGAAUUCUCAAUAAUUAGCUAAAACAGGGCAACCUUUAAAUUAUGAAUUUAAAUGA